AUGUUUAAGAAGCCAGAACAGUACCAUUACCCUGGAGGUCCGGAGGUACAUCAACAACCCCAACCACAGGGAGCUCCACCGAUCUCUGUGACAGGUCCUCCUCAAUUCCAACAACAGCAACCUGACUAUCAGCAGCAACAACAGCAACCACACCCACACCCACAUCAUGCUCAAGUUCAGUUACACAUGAAUGGAAUAGUUUCUUCCAACGGUAAUGUUUCAGGAACAGUGCCAUCUCGAAGAGGACCUUGGUCACCUAUGGAAGAUAAGAAAUUAUUGGAACUAAUUACUAUAUUUGGUCCAACAAAUUGGGUUAGGAUUUCCAACAAUUUAUUAACUCGUACUCCUAAACAAUGUCGUGAACGUUAUCAUCAAAAUUUGAAACCUUCAUUGAAUAGAUCUCCUAUAACUGUAGAAGAAGGAGAAUUGAUUGAAAGCUUAGUUGCCAAGUAUGGUAAGAAAUGGGCAGAAAUUUCCCGUCAUUUGAAUGGAAGAUCUGAUAAUGCCAUCAAGAAUUGGUGGAAUGGAGGUGCAAACCGUAGAAGAAGAGCCAGUUUGGCCACAGUCUCUUCUAAUGACAAUGUUUCUAAUGACCCUAGUGCAAAGAGGAAUAAUUCUAUAAGUGCAGCACCAAAUGGGUAUUCUGAAGUUAAGCCCGGAGCUGCUAUGUUGCCACCACCUCCAACUGCACCAGUUACUUCUUCAACCACGUCUACAAGCACUGCUAACAGCACUGCACCAACUUCUGCUGGUUCCACCACUGGUGUUAGUCCUUCUUCGUCAGAAGCAACGUUGUCAGCUGUUACAGCAGCAACUACUAUUACCACCACCACCACCAAUACUUCAGGAUCAACUUCUGCCGAUUCAAAUAGACAUACACAACUUCCACAAAUUUCCUUCAAUACAUCAAUGUUUGGUAAACCAUCUUUAGAUAAGAAUGGCUCAAGAACGUCACCACCACCACAUAUUCAAGGACCAGGAUUGAGAUCUGCCAGUUUUGAUAUGAAUUCAACCACAUUACCUCCCAUAAAUCAAAGUAACAAGCGUAGAUUAAUUGAAGAUCAAUUCAAUAGAAGACAUUCAUUAGCAAAUCCACUUUUACCCCUCCCAACACCAUCAGGAACCGUCUACCCUAAUUCAUCCCAUCCGAACUUGUUAAGUUCCUACACUACUAAUCCGAAUGGAAAUGUUUCACCAUCAUAUUACGGGUCACCAUUAUUACUAAGUAAUAAUGCUUCACGAAAUAAUUCCAUUUCACAUUUUGAAUUGUUGAAUAAUUCCACUUGCAGCUCCUCCAGAAGAUCAAGUUCAAUUGCCCCUGAUUUCUUCCCUAACCCGUUAAACAAGGACUCUACAAACCACAAGAGAAACUUGUCACAGAAUUCCUUGUUCAAUUCUCCAUCAAUGGCUCCACUCACAAGAUCACUGAUUUCUUCAAAUGUCAGGUCCGAAGACCGUUCCAAUAGCAACACAUCAAUUAAUGAAACUGUAAAGGAAGAUGAAGAAGAGAUGCUCCCUAGAGACGAAAUUAAGCAGCAAGACCUGACUGACAAAGAUACUCAAAUGGAUCAAGAUGAAGAAACACUUUCUGCCCCUAGAGCGAAAAUCAAGAUGUCUGUUUCUUCGUUGCUUGAUUAGUAUGGAUGUGUUGGUGUUAUAUGGACAAUUGAUUGACUUUUACUUACCAUGUUGUAUUAAUAUCUACCCUCUUAAUGUAAUUUAGCUGGUGAUUAGUUUGGUUGCCAAAUUUUUUUUACCACCAAAUAACUAAACAAAAAAAAACAAUAAGUUUUGGUCGUUUUAUUUACUGGUUAAUUUUUAUAUUACGCCUUUUUUUGAUGUUGUCAUUUGUUUUACUUAUUUAAAAAACACCCAAGCACUCGGUGCUUCUUUUCAAUUCAUGUUGAAUUUGUUUACAAUUGUUGAUUUUAUAUAGAGUUUAUAAACUUUUUGGUUUUAUUAUUGACUAAUAUAUCAAAAAUUGUCUAUUGCAG